GCAAACCUUAAGGUUGUGUGUUCCUAAAACAGAAACAAGGCAAAGCCAAGCAGAAGAAAAAGCAAAUUAUUGAGAAGUUGAAAAAAAAAAUUAAAUAACAAAAGCGUAUUUAUUCUGAAAAGAAAUUAAAAAAAAAUACAACACAAAGCAUCAAAGACAAAGAAUUUUAAGAACAAUAAUUAAAUCUUCAACAAAAAUACAUUUUUUAUAAAAAAAUUAACACAAAUUGUGCAAUUCAAUACAAGCUGCUGACCAUCAUUUAAAAAACAAACAACAACAAUGGCCGUAGCAUUUUUCAUACCCGAUCAAGCCGCUUUGAUACGCAAAGCCAAACAACAGGAGCAACAAAUUUUGGCUAUGCGUGAAGCCCAUUGGCGUUAUGUGGCCUCAGUGGUCUAUGACGCCCUGAGGCAGUAUCUGCAGGACACACCCACAUUAUUGAAUCGUAGCAGCGUCAACAAUAAGGCAGAUAAAUCUUCAACAUCAGGUCAAAAUUAAAAAAAUAAAUCAAUAGCUCGUCAGAAAUUAAGUCACAAUAGAACGAACCAAAUCCGGGGGAAACAUUCAAACAGCCAGCCAAGACAGCCCACCAAAAAAGAUGCCAUAGUACAAAGAAAAUGACAACUUUCUUACUUUCUUUUCAUCAAAAACAAAACGAAAAGACAAAAGCCGAC